UUUAAAGUCAGUUCCUGUGAGAGCUGAACUCAUUUGUAUUCCCUUUACACGAUAGAAAAAUGUCGAGCUCUGAACAAGAAAAAACAAAAAAGGAACAAUUCCAGGAACAAAUGAGGCAAAUAGCUGAAGAGGCCAGCAAGAAAACUGCAGAGGAAUUGGUCCUAGAUUACAAAGGGCUCCUAUACCCCAGUGUGUUGUGCAGUAAAGAGACUUUUGAAGCCUUAGAAACUGUUGAAGCCAGAGAAGAUGAUUUGCUUAUUGUAACGUAUCCUAAAUGUGGGACAAACUGGGCCGUAAAAAUCCUGCAUGAAAUGGUAUAUUCAAUUCAUGGUAAGGAACCAGCUUUAAUUCAAGCUAUGAUAGAAUUUGGAAAACCCGAAAAAGUAGAGUAUCUGAAGCAACAACCUUCACCAAGAGUCUUUUGCACGCAUCUUUAUUACGACGACAUUCCAAAAUCUUUCUUUGAGAAGAAAGUAAAGAUGUUGGUGAUAUUCCGAAAUCCCAAAGACACAGCUGUCUCAUAUUAUCAUUUCUGUAACAAUAAUCCAGUGUUGCCAAAAUACAGCUCUUGGGAUUUAUUUUUCCAGGAUUACAUAAAUGGAAAAGCUUUAUGGGGGUCAUAUUUUGACCAUGCUGUUGCUUGGAACAAGCACAUUGAUGAUGAAAAUAUCUUGCUAUUGACAUUUGAAGAAAUGAAAGAAGAUUAUACAUCAAAACUUAAAAAGAUAUCUGAAUUCUUUGGUCUCUCUUUGACGGAUGAUCAACUUAAUACAGUUGAAAAUGCAACUUCUUUUAAAUCUAUGAAGGAGAACUCUAGUGAGACCCACGGCAAAUUGGGUCAUGUGUUUUUCCGAAAAGGAGAAAUUGGAGACUGGAAGAGCCUUUUCACUGAAGAACAAAGCCAAGAAGUGGAUUCUAAAUUUGAACAGUUCCUUGCAGGAACACAACUGGGAGAAAAGUUGAAAUAUGAUUUAUACUGCAAAUUUUAAAAUGCAUUAUUUAAAAAAACAAAAAAAAAGUAUUCUUACCUUCUACCUCUUUUAAAUAUCAAAUAAAGCUAUACAAAGUU